AUGACUGAAUGUUCUGUUAACAACAACCCUUUGGCAAGAUUAAACAAUGUUACUCAGAAGGAUAACGCAUCCAUCGCGAAUACCAAUUUACUCCAAGGCGGCGACCGUUACAAUAACAGCCGUUACCUUCAACAGGACCAACAAAGAGGUCCCGUUUUUGAUACAGGUCAAACACAUGUUUCGGACACAAGUAAGCAACACAUCAACAACUUUUUCCAUGGUUCAUCUAAUGCUCUUCCGAACCAAAAUGGACAACAUUUGAGUCCUCUCAACUUAACCCCGAACACGAUAAUGAUGACUCAUGGAAACACUUUGAACACUACUAGCCCUCAAUAUAAUAUCCUAACUAAUAACUCUGCUUGGUCAAAUGAGUUUCAAAAUAGUAGUAAGAAUAGCCGCGUCACAGCCGAUAAACCAUCUGUAUUGUCGUCAUCUUCAUCGUCUUUCCGCCCGCAGCUGCAACCAUCCUCACAGUUGGUAAAUAAUUUCGGACCCACUUCAUCAUCCAGAUUCUUAAAUAACAACAGCAUUAAUCAGCCAUUCUUAUCACACCCACCUGCACACCAGCAAAAACAAAAACAGUAUCAACAAGAAAAUACAAACUGGGAUCAACAAUUCCAUGACUUAGAAACGGAAAUCUCCAAAAAUCUGAACAUAGCAAAGGACGAUAUCGAUCAUCAACAAAACAGUACUAUCGAUGAAAAUGUUAAUGAUGACGAUAUAAAUCAAUACCAAUCAGAAUUUCAGAAAGUUUGGGAUACACUACACGAAGAGAAUGAAAAUUUAAUUCCAUCCAUUUCACAAAUGAAUACAAACAAUUUCACCACUUCGAUGAAUUAUCAAUUCUCUACUGAUACCACUGAAUCCAAGAAUCAAUAUCUACAUAACCCUAAUGCCUAUGAAAUCGGUUGUAUAUUGAUGGAAAAUGGUGCAAAGUUAAGUGAUGCAGCAAUGGCAUUCGAAGCCGCAAUUAAACAAGAUAUGAACCAUGUACAAGCAUGGUUGAAAUUGGGGCUUGUUCAAAUACAAAAUGAGAAGGAGUUGAACGGAAUUGCCGCGUUAGAAAGUUGUAUUAAUUUGGAUCCUAAUAACUUGUUAGCAAUGGAAAAUUUAGCUAUUAGUUACAUCAAUGAAGGGUACGACAUCAGUGCUUAUAAUAUGUUAAAUAAAUGGCUUGAUAUCAAAUAUCCAGAAAAUGCUGCAAAUGAUGAUAGCACAUUAAUUAAUGAAGAAUUGAAAGAUAAUAAGAAUAGGAAUUUAAAUGAUCUAAUCUUAAAGAAAUUUUUAAAAAUUGGCCAGAUUAAUAAUAAUGCGAAUGAUGCAGAAUUCCAAUUAUGUCUCGGUUUAUUACAUUACUCCAAUGACGACUUUGAUAAGACUUUAGAAUGUUUCCAAAAUGCGUUGAAGAUUAAUCCAAAUGAUGAAUUGAUGUGGAAUCGUCUUGGUGCAUCGCUUGCUAAUUCAAACAGAUCUGAAGAAGCCAUUAAAGCUUAUCAUAAGGCAAUAAAUUUGAAGCCAUCAUUUGUAAGAGCAAGAUAUAAUUUAGCUGUAGCAUCAAUGAAUAUUGGAUGUUAUCAAGAGGCUGCAGGACAUCUCCUAACAGUGUUAAAAAUGCAUCAAGUGCAUGGACAAGAUAAUACUAGUGUUAAGACAGAUACUGCAGUUUUGGAGACUUUGAAAAGAGUACUUAUUGCCAUGGAUAGAAAUGAUCUUCUAGAUAAAGUGUACCCUGGGAUGGAUCUAAGUCCAUUCAGCAAGGAGUUUGCAUUUUAA